AUGAACAGAGACACAGCUAAUUUCCACGCAACACCAACGAUCCACUCGCAGAACCCUAGCCAAUCACUCAGCUCAUCGACCGGAAGGACUCCUCUGUCUACCAGCCUACAGCACCUGGACAAAGCACUGAUACCCCCAUCGAACCAUGCUGCCAAUACCUCUGCGGAUACUCUUCCGCCUGCGUCGCAGUUUGUACUGCCAGGAUGGACCCAGUUAGGGGCCGACACAACAGCGGAUGCGGAGGGCGGUAAAAGUAAUGCCAAUGGCAAUGUUGGUGUUGGAGGUAACGGUAGCGGAGAAGGCGAAGGGUCGCAUACUUCUUCAUUACCGGGCAUUCGGAGAGGCGAAAUUACAGAGCUAUCUGGACCAAGGGGGUCUGGGAAGACUUCACUGGCUAUGACUACUGCUGUGAAUGCAUUGAAACGUGGAGAGUCAGUUGUGUGGAUAGAUACCGCCGGCCCAAUAUGCAUGUCUAGAUUUGAAAAGAUGCUCUUAAAGGACAGCACACCUUCCGAGGUGCAAGACCUACUACAGAACCUACUACAUCUCCAACCUACCACACUAGCUCAUCUGCUAGCCCUGACAUCCUAUCCCAUGUCAGAUUUCCCGCCGCCAAACACGGGUCUAAUAGUCCUGGAUUCAAUUUCGUGUCUCUUUGGCUCGGAAUUCCGAAGCAAGCUACCUUCCAGAUUAAACAAAGCUAGAGACUUAAACAGCGCAGCAGCGUCAAGGGAUAAAGACUCGCAGGAGUCGAAGCUAUGGUGGAAGUUGAUAGGUACUCUGUCAUCGAACCUUAACGCUCUUGCAUCUCGUCUGGACUGUGCUGUGAUCGUGGUCAACGAGAUGGUUACUCGCUUCCGGUCUGGCCAGAAACCGAUGUUGCAUGUUGCUAUAUCGGGGUAUACAUGGGAUACCAGCGUGGCUACGCGAAUUAUACUUUAUUGGCACUGGUUGGAUAUCGGAGUUAGAGAGAAGCUUGGUAUGCGGUGUAUUAGAAUGGCGGAGGUGUUUAGGGCUGGGAAGAUGGCUGUUUUGCCCAGGGCCGUGGAAAGGAUUGUUCCGUUCCUUGUCGAGGAUGAGGGUCUUGCUGAGUUUAUGCAUCUAUCAAUUAGUCUGGGUGGUAUGGCUAAUGGAAGAGGGACCGUGAUGCCUGUUUGUGUGAAGAGGAAGCUUGACCAGGAACAGGAGCAUCUUCCCACUCAGCUCCCUCGUCGGCCGAAGAUAGAGCAUGAUAGUGAAGAAGGUGGUGAUGAAGAGGAGGAGAGAUUGGAAGAGAAGUCAGAUGGGAAACCGGCUGAAGCUGUACUGGCGAGUGCAGGACUACCGGCUGAGAUAAUGGACAGCCAGGACGAGGAAGAAGAUGAGGACUGGUUGGAGGCUGCUGAGGUAGCCAACUUGCAGCCUUCGACGGGGCCAAGCACGGAGCAAGACGAAGACGAUACCGAGCUGCUGCUGAGGAGCAUGGUUGAAGGGGACGUCUAG